AUGCUGCUCCUCGAUAAAGCGCUGCGCUCCUCCUCCUUCAACGUCUACAUAAUCACCUUAUUCACCAGCAACCUCUUAUACGCUGCUGUAGACGGUCCGGUAAAAAUCCUGACCAUGGCCGCCACGGGCUGGCGGCUGGGUCGGUCAUUCUGCACGCUGAGCCUGUACGCUAUCUACGUCCUCGCACCGAUGACACUCCACACCCACCUUCUCAUCAGCCUCAACCGGGCGUGGGCCCUCUUCUGGCCGAUCGGAUACCGGAAUUAUCACACUGCAAAAACCGCUGGGGCGAUUUGCGUGAUUAUGGUGUUUUAUGUCCAUGCAUGGCAGUUACCGGGAGUGAUACUGGACGCCCUGUAUUACCGCCUGAGUCCGGAAAAGGGCUGCUGGUUAAAUCGCGCCGCCAUACCAGUUUAUGCGGCAUUGCAGAACUGGACACAAACCGCGCCGACGUUUUUUGUACCCUUGUGUUAUCCGUUUCUCCUGUUGAAGUACUAUUUACGGAAGCGGAAGAUCGCAGAAAGGUCAGCCGGAAAUAACGGUGGGCUGGUGCAGGUGCAGCAGCCGCUGCGGAAAAAGGCUGGGCAACCAUUUUUGAUUACCACCAUGUUUACUGUGGCGUUCACGGUGUGCUGGUUGCCGACGCCGGUGUUCUACUUGAUGACGGAAUCGGCGCCUAACGCGUAUCCGGUGUUUCGCCAAUUCCAAGCGGCAGCGUAUUCCCUGUUGCCGAUACUGGAUCCCAUACUGUUCUGCUUGACCAUUCGCUACUGGCAGGACAGCACGCGACGCCUGUGGCGGACGUAUGUUUCACGACCUACGGCGAACGCUGUGGAUGCAACUUCUAUGUCACGUGUCGUCACCGAAAAAUAA